AUGGCGAGCACCGGCGAAGCCGUGUCCUAUCGCGAAUUUGAAGCCAGAGCCAAUCGGCUUGCGCACCUGCUGCGUGAAAUGGGGCUGAAACGGCUGGAUCACUACGCCAUCUUCAUGGAGAACAACAACCGCUACCUUGAGUGUUGUGCUGCCGGUGAACGCAGCGGGCUGUACUACACCUGCGUCAAUCACUAUCUGAAGGGUGAUGAACUCGCUUACAUACUGAACAACAGUGAAUCGCGUGUGUUGAUUGUUUCAAAAGAAAAGCUCGAGGUUGCUCUGGCGGCGCUGGCAGAGAGCCCUGCCAUAUCAUUGUGCCUGGUGGUCGGCGCUGAUGGUGAUGAUCUGCCCGAUAAGCGCCUGGGUGGAACUGAGUUUCGUAGUUUUGAGGCGGCAUUGGCCGAUUAUCCGACGACGCCUAUCGAAGAUGAGUCCCUCGGUACCUCGAUGCUCUAUUCAUCCGGAACUACCGGCAGACCCAAGGGCAUUCUGCGCCCGUUACCGGAAAACGAACCGGCAGAUCCGCUACCAUUAUUUCACUUUCUGACGGACCUUUGGCAGUACCGUGAGGACAUGAUCUAUCUGUCUCCAGCACCGUUGUAUCACUCAGCGCCGCAGGCCGCGACCGGACUGACCAUUCGCAAAGGGGGCACGGUUGUCAUCAUGGAAAGGUUUGAUCCAGAAGACUAUCUCCGCUACAUCAGCGAAUAUCAGAUCAGCCACAGUCAACUGGUGCCAACGAUGUUCAGCCGCAUGCUGAAACUGCCUCAGGACAUUCGCGACAGCGCUGACCUGUCAUCUCUGGAAAUUGCCAUUCAUGCGGCUGCACCCUGUCCCGCCAAAGUGAAAGAACAGAUGAUCGACUGGUGGGGGCCCAUCAUUCAUGAGUAUUAUGGCGCCACCGAAGGACUCGGAUUCGCAGCGCUCAACAGCGAAGAGUGGCUCGCCAAUAAAGGCAGCGUUGGUAAAGUGAUUCUUGGUGAACUGCACGUGCUGGAUGAAGAGGGCAAUCCAUGUCCGGAAGGCGUGCCCGGCGAGCUCUGGUUCAAGACAGCCACUGAGUUCAGUUAUUUCAACAACGCUGCGAAAACCGAGGAAGCGACUUCCAGUGAUGGCUCCCUGAGCACCGUAGGGGAUGUGGGUUACCUGAAAAAUGGCUAUCUUUAUCUGACAGACAGAUCCACGUUUAUGAUCAUCUCCGGCGGCGUUAACAUCUAUCCCCAGGAAACCGAAGACCUCCUGAUCACGCAUCCAAAAAUUGCUGACGCUGCAGUGUUUGGUGUACCCAACGAAGAUCUGGGCGAAGAGGUCAAAGCCGUUGUUCAAUUGAUGGAAGGCAUUGAACCUUCUCCUGCGCUGGCUGACGAGUUGAUGGCGUUCUGUGUGGAAAAUCUGUCCAGGCAGAAAAGUCCGCGAUCAAUCGACUUUGAAGACGAACUACCCAGACUGCCCACAGGGAAACUCUACAAACGCCUGCUGAAGGAUCGUUACUGGAAAGACCACGCCAGCGGCAAAGCGCCGCCCUGGGCUGCGUUCCGCUAUCGCGAUUAUCGUUUACUCUGGAGUGCCAUGGUCACGGUGUCCAUCGUUUUCUGGAUGCGCAUCCUUGGUACUGCGCAGUGGCUGCUGGAUGAAACGGGUUCUGCUGUACUCGUCGGCAUGAUUGGCGUUGUGCAACUGGUGGUGCAGAUCCCUGCGCUGCUCUGGGGCGGGACGCUCGCAGAUCGGGUAGAUCGCAAGCGUCUUAUCGCUUUGGCGAACGCGACAACGUCUGUAACGCUGUUGAGCCUGGGUGUUUUAAACCUGUAUGGUCAGUUGAAUCCCGUUCUCGUCUACGUGGGUAUUGCGUUGACCGCAGCAUCUCAGAUGCUGGCGAACCCGGCACGUUCGGCGUUGGUGCCAAUAGUGGUUCCCGAACGUAUUCUGCUGGUUGCGGUUUCCACCGAUACCGCGUCUGCGAAUGCCGCUGCGAUAGCGGGACCGCUGCUGUUCGCGGUGAUCACCGUAAGCGCUGGUCUCAGUGCAACAUUUUUAGUAGCUGGCAGCAUUUCUCUUGUAUCGUGUCUGUUGCCUCUGCUGAUUAGAGCGAAAGGCACCGCUGACGGCCACGCGGAAGAUGCGCCCACUUCGACGAUACAGCAGACCAUUGCGGGUCUGCGCUACGUGUCCCGUCAUCCUAUUUUACCGGGGCUGUUUCUGCUUGAUGUGGGCAUCACCACGGCUUCAUUUUAUCGUGAAAUUCUGCCCGUUCUGGCUUUGGGUCUGUUUGCUGGUGGCGCCAGCGCAACCGGUAUGUUGGGCGCGGCCAAUUCCACGGGCGCCAUUAUCGGUUCGUUUCUGGCCCUGUUCCUGGUUGGCUAUCGGGCCAAAGGCAUGCUGGUUUUGUACGCCUCCUUUGCCUACGGUUUUAUUCUAUUCGGCUUCGGACUGGCAAACACCCUGUGGCUGGGCAUAGUCAUGAUUGGUCUUCUGGGCGCCGCUGAUUCAGUGACUGUUGCUGUACGUCAAACAACCGUCAUGCUCACGACGCCCGAUCACAUGCGCGGGCGCGCGUUUGCGCUGAUGGUUCUUGCUGCCCAGACGGCCAACAAUAUCGGUACGAUCUGGGUAGGGGCCUGGGCUGGCGUCAUCGGUGCGGCCAAUACCAUGCUCAUGGGCGGCGUGAUAUCGAUAGUGGCUACCGCGGUGAUCUGGCGCGUCUGGCGCCCGAUCCGGGCCGGCGGCACUAUUCGGCAUGCUUUUCUCGAUGCGGGUAACGAUGAGCUUAUUGCUUUCAUGGAAUGUAAUGAUGUGCCGGGUAUCCCCAACGAUUUUGACACGGGAUUAAAUCGUGGGCUGGGCAUUCAGGGUGGCGUUGUGCAUUUUGCGUUUCGUGUUGACGAUGAAGAAGAGUUGUCCAGCAAACGGGAAGAACUGGUGGCAAAAGGCGUGACUGUGACUGACGUUGUUGAUCACGGUUGGUGUCAGUCGAUCUAUUUUCGCGACCCGAACCAGCUGCAACUUGAGUUCUGUUGUCUGUCACGCGAGUUUGGCGACGAUUUGCUUGCGGAUCGUUUUCGCAAAGUGACAUCCAGCACAGAAGAAAUAGCAGCGAUUCGCGCCCAGGCGCAUAUCCAUCACGCCUACUUCCUUGGCUUGCAGUUGAUGAUUGCGACGCGCAAAGGGCCGCAAGUCAUGGAGAAGUGGAUGUUCAAUCUGUUUCGCCGCCAGCAUCUGGAUAAAUUUUUAUCGAGCUUUGACAAGCUGGGGCUUUCAGAUCUGCCCAACGCCGUGGCGUGCGCCAAGUACCAUGUCUUAUCUAACAACAUAGGUGGUGUGGGCGUUGAAUACAUGGCUGAGUCCGACCGCAAAGCCUGGGUGCGCUUUCGUUACCCACGCUGGAUGUACGCUGGUCCUGCCAUUUGUGGUGUGCCGGUAGAAGUCAGUCGAGGCUUUCUUAACGGCUGGUAUGCCUACAAUGGCGUGUCCCUCGGUAAUCCGCGUCUUGGAUUUGUCUGCGUCUCCGAAGAUAUGACGGGGGAGUAUGGUUUAUGCGGGUAUUUCUACGAAUAUGAUCAUGACCUGGCACCCCAUGAGCGCCUGCAAUUUGCCAAAGAUGAACAACCGCCUGCCUAUCUGCCCGAAGAUCAACCCGAGCCGCCGGGUGAUCAGUGGAAUACGCUGCGCCUCGAAAAAGCCAAUCGAAACUAUGCCAUGGAAUAUGUGCGCAAUGGACUUUGUGAACUGCGAUUGGUGAUGGGUGAUAACGAAACGUUAAAGUUGGGCAGUCUGGCUGCUCGGCUUAUCGGACUGCAGUAUUUUCAGGAAACGCUCAGCAUGAUUGGCGCGCAGGACGGUGAUCUGAAGGCGGCUGGACACUACUUGAGUAGAAUGUUGACCGGUAAGGCAAAAAGAUCUGCGCAUCGUGCGGGGCCUGCAAGGCGAAGAGCGAUCGAUGGUGCUGGCCUGCUGGAUUGA